AUGGGCAUACCGAAGGCGCCGCUCGGCUCCGAGGUCAUGCUGAGCUUUGCCGUUGAUGAGCUGCUGCCGCCAUACAUGCCCCUGCGUGAGGAUGGUGCUCCUCGCAUCACACUAACCUCUGCCAUUGGCCUUGUCAACAGAUACUGUAUGGUCCUUCCAUCAGACAUGUUCACGCACCUGAAGCCCACCUAUCAGAUGAGCACCAUAUCAGUGGACGGCAAAGAUAUGUACAUCUGCACUGUCUACCUGCCCAUGACGAGUCCUCUCAAAGAGGCCAUCCAGGGACGGCCAAUGGAAACAAAAAAGUAUGCAAAGAUGGCUGCUGCCCUCGAGACAUGCAAGCGGCUGCACCAAAUAAAUGAGUUUGACAACUGCUUGCUGCCCGUGAAGCGCAUUCUGAAACUCAUGGAGGACUCGGACAACGAAGAAGCGGAUGAUGCACCUCCGGGUGCACCCAAGCCUGGCACAAAGAAGCGCAGGAGAGUGUAUCAGAAGCGGGUGUGUAAGCUGUUUACCGAGGCACGAGUCUUGGAAGCGGGCCACUACCGCCUGCACAUCCUGACGACACAGCUGGUACGCCUGGCGUCCGAUCUCCAGAACUGGCGGAAGGAGAAGCUCGUCGACCCCGAGGAUUGCCCGCUGUGGUUCGCCCUGCUCCUCCGUGAGGACAUGCCUUGCUUGCCGUCAUUUCCAAUCUUUACGCGGUCCGGCGACGAGCUGGUGUUGGUGGUCCGGGCGGGCCUGGUAAACCUCACCGCUGACCAGUGCAUCCAGCUGCAGCGCUUCCACCACACAAUCUGGCACGACGUGCUUCGAAUGAAGGAGAGACCCCUGCUUCAGUUCGACAUGAACACUGCACCCAACUGUCCGGUUUUAGCUCCAGUGAUAAAAGAUGGCGACAUGUCUAUGAUAGACUGGCCCUUUGUUGACAUGGUCGCCAAUUGGAUGAACACGGAGCCUGCACCCAGAACUGACUUCAAGUUCCAGCCCAGCCUGUAUGAAGAUGCUGUGGUUGUGCCCCGCUAUGCACCCCUUCACUACCACCACAGUACAUUCUACGUGAAGCAGAUCCGCACCGACCUCACGGUGGACAGCAUCGAUGGAAAGGGCAGUUUCCGUGACUAUCUGUCCCUAAUUCACCACCUGGACGUCACCGACUCGACGCAGCCGAUCCUGGAGGUGGUGUUCACCGAAGUCCGACUAAACCUACUGACGCCGCGCUACCGGAACCGCAAGGGCGAUGUGUUCCAGAAGAAGACGGCCACAAACCGCCGUGCGGAGCUGCGCGUCCCGGAGUUCUGCGACGUCCACCCCGUCCCGGCUGGCGUCUGGCGCAAGGCGGUGUGCCUUCCCAGCAUUUUGUACCGGCUGAACCAGCUUCUCGUCGUGGAAGAACUGCGCACAUCUGUCGCCAUGGAGACGGGCAUUGGCCUCGGGACAUUCCGGGGCCGUUGGCCAGACCUGGACUUCCAGAGCGCUGUAUCGGAAAGUGCUUCGAUCAGCUUUUUGCCUCGUCCCGACGGUGAUGAGGUGGAGUUUGGCAAUCUGCUUCGUAGCCACGGCGAAGUGGAGGAGAUACGGAUGCCCCGCCUAUCGCGGUCGUUCGAGUACCAGCCGGAGCUGCGGGGCAACCCGGGCCCGAGCCCUGGCCUCCUGCUGGAAGCAGUGACAUCGGCGAAGGCAGCCGACGGCUUUGACCUCGAACGCCUCGAGGUGCUCGGGGACUCAUUCCUCAAGUUUGCAGUGACCAUUGACCUGUUCUGCGGCUCCACGUCAGCGCAGGAGGGGCUGCUGACGCAGGCGCGUUCUCGCAUCAUCUGCAACCGGAACCUGCACCAGCUUGGCUCCAAGAUACACGUGGGCUCAAUGGUGGCACAGGAGCAAUUUGAGCCACUCCGGAACUGGUUGCCACCGGGCUACUGUGUCCCCGAAGGUGCAGAGGACAUAUUGAUGGAUGUCGACUUUGUGUUCUGGGCCAUCCAAGUAGACACAAAGAUUCUGGAGAAACUGACGCGGGACAAGCUCUUCAGCCUCUAUGAGCAAUACAGAACUGAAAAAAAGCAGCCGGGGUACGUUCCCCCGCCCCGCAACACAUCUGGGCCUGUUCCGAUCCGCCAAGCGUCGCAGCUGCCUGACAAGAGCGUCGCUGACUCAGUGGAGGCUAUCAUUGGCGCCUACCUUCUCGUUACUGGGCCCAUUGGUGCUCUCAGAGUGAUGAAGUGGAUGGGCCUGAAGCUGAAGCAGUGCAAUCUGGACGUGCAAGGCACCGGGGACGAAAGCACUGCAGUGCCAUUUAUGGGAUUCCCAGCGCCACAGACGUCAUUACUGCGUUACACGAAUGACCCCGAGGGCCGCCUGGCAAGUCAGAGCAGUCCGUGGCACGGACGUCUCUGCCUGGUGGAAAAGACAUUGGGCUACACCUUCCGCGACCGGUCCUACCUGCUGCAAGCCUGCACGCACGCCUCCUACUAUCAGAACCGGCUGACAGACUGCUACCAGCGGCUGGAGUUCCUGGGUGACGCAGUAAUCGACUACCUGGUGACCCGGUACCUGUACGAGGGCCCGCACAAGUUCAACCCUGGCCAGCUCACCGACUUGCGUUCAUCGCUGGUGAACAACACCUUCUUCGCCGCCCUCGUCGUGCGCCAUGGCCUCCACCGGUGCCUCCUCCACUGCAACCCGGGUCUGUUCAACGCUGUGGCACGCUUUGUGCAGCACCAAGAACGCUCCAGCGAGGACGAGUUUGGUACCUCUUCCGAGGAUGAGGAUGCCACGGCUGAGAUCCUAGAUCUGAACGCCCAAAGGGACAAGGUCCCGGACAACCCCACUUACUGGAAGGUGCUCCAGCGCUUCUACUACCACGAGGAGGAGUGCCUGGAGCCUGAAGAGGUCGAGGUGCCCAAGGCCCUGGGCGACCUGUUUGAGAGUCUCAUGGGGGCCGUGUUCCUAGACUGCGGCAUGUCGCUGGACACAGUGUGGCGCAUCCUGUACCGGCUCUUCGGUCGCGAGAUCGAGUCCUUCAGCGAGCGGGUGCCCCUGCCCCCAAUACGCACGCUGCUCGAGAAAUUUCCAGAGGCCCGCUUCGGCCCGGCUGAGGUGCUCAAGAACGAAAAGGUCAAGGUGGAGCUAAUCCUGCCGGACAGGACCUUCACAUGCGUCGCCAAGAGCAAGAAGCUUGCCAAGACAGCGCUUGCCAAAAAGUGCCUGCGAAUGAUGAAGACCUGUGGAUCCGGCUAGGGGACAGCACUUGCCUACAAUUUGCAACUGUAGGAAGAGAGAAAGAAGGCUGUCCAGCAUUCUCAUAAAGUACGCGGGCCACACCGCGCUUGACCAGAGGUCUUGCUUGGCCACGUGUUGGGCACCCUGUGGCUCUCACUAAUGGUCCAGAGUUGCUGAAACUGAAGGCAAGAAUUGCAUUCAGUAUCCUGCAUUCUUAACGCAGAACAUUUAAGAAGGAAGGAGUACGCCUACAUGGUCUUGAGUUCAGCUCUGGCCACCAACCACCAUAGCCUGGCCACCAUUGUCUGUAAGCAUUCACGAAAAAGCUUACAAUUGAAACAUAAACUGUGAUCUCUUAUUUUUUUAAAUGUGCUCAUUAUGAGCCACUUUACAUUAUGCAGCUACUCUAUAUAGUCCUGAUUUUAGUCUUGUAACAUGAUACGUCGGUGAUCAGGUGCACACAGUGACUGUAUUUUUCCCGUUUGUGCCACAGGUUGUGCAGUGAAUUUUUUCAAUGAUUCCUGCACCCUACAUGCAGGGAUUGCAUAAGAUUCCUAUGAUAGAAACUUUUGGCAAUGAAGCCCACUGUUAACUUCUACAUUCUGUACGCCUGCGUUAAUCGAUUAUACUUUUUUUAUCAUGUCUUGUGGCUCUUCUAUGGUAGUCUUAUAGUUUCUUAGUUUCUUUCAGUAAAUACUAACUUGGAGGGAAGUUUGCUGCCGUCGUCCACAUAAGUUUCUCAAAGGGCACCACGACACCAUGCGAAUGCUAGUAUUUGGAUGGUUUGUUCUGUCUUGGAAUGCGGCUUGGUGUAAUACAUGGAUUUGGCUCUGGAAAUUAAGCUUUUUCCGGAACUAAGCCUUUAUAAAAUGUCUUGGUCCUCCCGUAAUACAUCUCGCAUUAUUGUUUACUCGCACUUAGUAUUGCGAGUAAACGAACAAAACAAAACGAAUGGCUGAUACCAGCGCAUAGUGACCGCAGAUCUUUCCGUUUCCUUCUCCAAAUUUAGCAGCCCACUGGUCAUACUGAUCACAUUUUAUGUAAAUCCAUCAGUAUCAUGAGCACACUUAUGCAUUAACAUGUUCUUAUAUAUAUAUAACAGUGGUUGAACAGAGGAUGUUGUUGGAGCGAAGCUUUUGACAAGGGGACUUGGGGGCUUGUCUUGAUCAACAACUACUCGUGUCAGAAUGUUGGCUCCGGAGACAUCAUUUGUUCAUUCAUUGUUCAUUUUAUUCAUUUAUUGAUACUGUCAGUUCGAUGUUAGGCUAUUACAGGCAAUUUCUUCAAUCACUGUUGAUAAUUUCACUUUCUUCCCACGUACUACCUCUGUUUUGUUUAAAAUUCUUCUAAUGUACAGUUAAAUCUCAUAAUAAUGAAGUCGCAUCAGAUACAAAAAUACUGUCAUUAUAUCCAGUAUUUGUUAUAAGUGUAUAUUCGAACACUGAUAUUGGCAAGAAACAUUUUAGACUUACUUCACUAUAUUUGAAAAUUCAUUAUGUUCAUGUUUGUUAUAUCAAGUUUGAACUGUCGUAACAUAGUAAAAACAAAAUAUUACAAGCUUUUCUUGUACUGAUUAAACUAUGCAGCCAGAGUGUUUGUUAUAUCAAGUUUGAACUGUCGUAACAUAGUAAAAACAAAAUAUUACAACCUUUUCCUGUACUGAUUAAACUAUGCAGCCAGAGUGGCUAUAUUGACUGCAUUCAGAUGGGGAUGAAUGUAAAAACGCUCGUGUACUUAGAUUUAGGUGCAAGAACCCUGUGUGAUCAAAAUUAAUAAUGGAGUCCCUUCACCAUGGUGUCACUCAUAAUCCAGUGUGCCAUUUCAGCAAGCUUAAACUCUCCAAUUUAAUUUAAUCCAAACUGUGACAGACAGAACGUUAGUUGCCAAAUGCGCCUUUGGGGUGUCGUAGCGCCCCGACAAAGGUGCAAAGUCAAAGUCAACUCUUCCCAGCAUUCCCGUGCAUGGAACAGCACAGCACUGCUGUUUUUCCCGAAAGAUAAUUGUAAGAAGCUCUACGCUGUAAUGGUACUGUAUAGAUUCGUGGAAGGGCCGCACUUUUCUUUUACAAUUAUAACGAGGUGUGGCCCUUACACGGGACAGAAUCUUUUGGUUCGGUACCGUGUAAGGGCCGCUACUAGAUGGCCCUAGAUACUAGAUGCUGUUACUGAAGGGCUCUCGCCAUCUACGGUCAACGUCCAAUAUUUCGGACUCCCUAGGCGCUGCGAAAACGUCCGAAAAAGCGAAUGCAUGCAUUUUACUGCCCUCAAGGGCUCAAAUCGCCACAGGCACGUCCGAAAUAGCUGUGAAGGCCUGCCAGUACACUUAUUAGGCAUAUCGUAGCACGCGUGUAUAAUUAAGGAAUACGUACCGUGUCCCAUGACAAUUGCCCCUUCCCACUCGUGAUAUGCUUCACCUCAAUACUUCACGUAUGCUUCACUGCAAAACAAUGAUGUAUUGAGGCGAAGCUGACUUUUGGGAACCAGCAUUAUGCAAUGCACCAUGCUUUCCGAGUUUCCAAAACAUUGGCGAGGAUUACAAAGGCGGAGUCGGUGCCAUUACUAACAGCAGCAAAUUGUUUCAAUGAAAAACAUGGCACUCAACAGAAAGAAACUUGGCAGCGAACGUCGAAGUAGCUAGGCCUAGCGUUGUCGCGGUGGUGGUUACGGCUGCCAGUGUAUCUGCGUGUGAGAGCACCGGUUCGAGGAGGCGAGAUAAUCAGAAUUGCGGCUGUGGUGGCUGCGAUUAAUGCCAUUUCGGACAUGCGGUCAUUGCAAAAAGACUGGAAAAUCAGGCGGCGAAGGUUUAUUGUGCUCAAAAUUUCAGACGUUUUUAUACAUUGACCUUUUGUGGUACGUGGCGGCGCCGUGAAGGCGUCCAAAUUAUCGGGCAUGUCCGAAAAAUCGGUCGUUGACUAUAAUAGCGACACAUGGAAGUACGCAGCACGCGAAAAUUCGCCAACGCAUGCGCGGCAUUGGGGCACUGAACACAAUUGCUGCUCGGUUGGAAGAUUUUUUUUUCCGAAUUUUGCGCUACCAAGUUGGGGGUGCAGUCCUUACAAGAGUCUAUAGGAUAUUUUGGGCAUACUCUGCCAUAUUGCCAAAUUUGCCAUCUUGUUGUCUCCGAUUGGCUCAAAAUGCCAACAUGGUGGUAGAUGACUGUUUCCAGACUAGCACCUAUGGUAAUUUACAGAUUCCAUUUGAAAGCGGACAGUGUCUUUGCCAUUGAGCCUGAUAGCGAUCUAAAUAGAGCUGUGGUUGUCAAGUGCCCAAGAGGCCUUCAAGUAUGGUAAACUUGUUUGCCAAAUAACAAAUGAAAAUAGGUGACAUUGUGAUUGUGGAAGUCAAGAGUCUGCUUCAGUGACUGACAUGACUAAAUAAAGCCAGUCUGGGCUCAUUGGCCGAAUGCUGUCAGGAAGGCCUGACAGGACAGCUACAUCAAUGCCAGUUGCAGCAUAUUAUUCAUGUAGAGGCACGAAACGAAAAACAUUUAAGGCUAAUUCUUUUAAACCCCCAAAAGCUGCAGGCACCUAGGAACCCAUUACAUGCGGUUAUAAGUAGAAAAAAGAAAGACUCUACCAAUCACCACAAUCUCUAUGCCAACCAGGCAAGUUGCCAGAAGUUGCUAUUUUUUACCACUAGAUGUUGCCUUGCAUGCUCCUUCUCUUCUCCCCAACUUUUUUGCGACAUUAUAGCUGAAUCUCCACACAAGGGCCAAAUCACUGUUUUGGUCUACAGGCCUUUCAUCACAUGACCGUGCGUUUCUGGUCUUAUGAGGGCCACAUCGGCUAAAAAUGCCAACUGCCCUUUUCUUCAGCGGCAAAUCGCGGGCUUUUUGAGAGAUUGAAGGCCUUCUUUCUGGCAACGUCUUUCCCCCCCUUUCGCAGCGAAGCUGUAUAUGAUGCGGAUCCCAGGAUUUCUUCGUCUUCGUCGACAGAAAACUAUUCCACGAAUUGAAGCUAAAAGUGCCUAUCUCCAUUGAAAUUUCGUGUGCAAGACGUACUCCAGUAUUCGUUUCAGUAAAAAGCACAAAAGUGUCAAAGCCACUUGAUAGAUAAGGUGCGUUCAAACAAUGCGAAGCAUGUAGCGGUUGCCGCAUGCAUUUCCUGGUAAAGAUUACGGUUGCGUAAGCUGCAGCCGGCAACUGUAGCAUACGAAGCAGUGAGUGAUGUCACUACACUUUCAUAUGUAAAAGAAGAACCCGCCUAGAAACUUAUUUCAUUUGUGUUGCGAUAGCACUAUGGGAAGGCCAUGCAUAGUUCGGACUCCCUAAGAGCAGCGUGAACACGAUGAGUGGCAAUGGGAACAGCAACGUCAAUAUGCACAACGGUGUCGUGCCUAUUUAAUUGUCUUGCUGUCAAUCAUUUCAUGUUGUGCAUUGCUCAAUCAUUGAAGGCUACAUCACAUUGGUCUGUCGGAUCAGGUGAUACCACAGCUUCACUGGCCAACCACCGUCACAGUGUGGAUUGGAGCCCUUUUUUUUUUUUUUUACCUCGCAUAUCAGCAGCCGGAUGAGUGGUUCAAAGCAACUGCAUGUUUUUUUCUAGUUCAUCAAUUCCACAUGCUUGUGGAUCGUUGUCAUUUGGUGGAUGCGUUGAGUCAAGAGUACCAAGCCGUCAUUUCGCUCUGAUGCUAUUAGCCCGUCAUGUGGAUGCCGUUUUCAUUCAGACUACACACUGCCUUCGAAUCACAUGACUGAUCUGCCUGAACUUCAUUCUGUCACGUGGAUCCAGCAUACCCAAACUUCAUAUUACACCAUCUUGGUGUGCUUAUCCCUUUUCUUCGUGUAACAUUGUGCAACUAUCCAGAUGAGCUAGUGCACAUGAGUGGGUGUACACAUUGCAGUGCGAACACUAGGUGACUUUGGUCUGAGCUGCUCUUUGUAAUAUAGGUCUGCAGCAGGUUUGAAAUAUUCUUAACAUAAGGUGCUUGAAUUUUUUUCAGUGCCUUUGUGGUGCCUAUAUCUUGCUGCUUUAGUGUUAGAAAACUCAAGAAAAGCAGUGCCAUUUAGGUUUGCUUCCAAUAAAGUUGAGAGUGGCAGUUUACUGGCUGUAUGCUUUCUUUGAAGUAUUCGACGACCGAGUAAUCAUUUUUAUUAAGAAAUAGUGUGUGGUUAUGUCAUGUUACUCUUGCCAUCAAUGCUGUCUGAAGGCAUGCGCUCUGAACACUGAUGAUCACAGAUGUAUUUGUUGUUGUUUUUUGGGCCCUAUAACCAAGAGACUCCCAAAGAUAUGCCAACCAGCAAAGAUAUGCUGGUUGGUAUAAUUAUUCCUUAUUGCACAGAUGGUCUAGGAUUUUAUUUGCAUGUACCUAUGAUUUCUCAUGUCUGUCGAGAUUAUAUCUUUUGUAGUAGCGUGUUGUUUACUUUUGUGGAAAAACAAAACGGUAUGUUUGCAUUUUUUUUUUUUCUUUGGUCGGGACCUUGCCCAUUCACAAGUUUCCUUCACCACAACCUGCUUGUGCUGGUCUAGCUCUGAAAGUGAAAGCUCUCGGAGUAACUUUUUUUUAACUAAGCAGCUCUAAAGAUGCAAAAAUAUAGAAUGCUACAGUAUGUAGCUCAUGUACAAUUAUGGUGUGAUAGCAAAGCCAUGUGCCCUUGAAAUCGAAUCUUAACAUAAUAGCCCACAAUUAGAAGUUUGAUUUCUUAGAUAUCUUGCUGGUGUAGCCAAUCAGUACAGUCUUUUGAUAAAAUCAACACCCUGAGGUGAUUGUUCACGGAGCUAUCAGAAUAAAACUUAAGAUUCGUUAGUCUAUAAUGAUAACCUAUAGUCCACACUCCUCUUUUGGUAUCCACUUGUGUAUACUAAUGCAGUGUUGCGCAUUUGAGUAGGUUCAAGUUCAUUCCAACUUGCUUAUGGACACCUCGCUAGGUUAUGCUGAAGGUAUUUCCAAUUGCAAUUUCAAAUGCUGUAGACAAAAAAAAAAUGAUUAUGGCUUCAAUGUUCAAAAGUUGCACUCUUAUCCAAGCCCUGUAUUAUAGCAUCCCUCAUAGCCGACAGUGCAUAUUUCUUGCUAUAAAUCUCCAGUUGCGAGUUCAAACUCUCGGCAUAUAAUUGCAAAUUUACAAAUGUUGUGGUUAAGCUUGAGGCAUGUAUUUUGCGCAUAUUUCUGGCGUUAAAUCUACAGUUAAAACUCGCAGCGUAUGAUUAAAAAUUUACAAACAUUGUGGUUAUGCUUAAGGCCUGUAUUUUGAAGUUGAGCGUUUUAUGUGUGGAACUCCUGGUUGCAAUCCAAACAAUGUUUUCUUGGAGUUACUAUAUACUUGUUCACACUUGCCAUGCAGACAUGAAAUAGCGAUAGAUUUAGAGGAGCUAUAGCUAACACGCAUAGCUAAUUGAUACAACGGCCGCAAACAUUACCAUUAUUUACAAAUGGAAUGUAGUGGCAAUUAGCGUCAUUAUAUUACGUUGUCUAUUAUGGUCCAUCAGUUUUGUUUUAAUGAUAAGCACACGAGAUGAAGAUAGAGUGCUGGUGUGUUUCACAAUGAAACGCUUGUGCAAUAAAUAGGGAACUGUUGCAGCUGUGUUUACGUCUUGUUAGACCGUGGUCGCUCCUAAUGUUCACCAUGUUGUCAAAUUUUUGUACAGAGCUGAGAUAAAUAUUUUGUACUGCUUCCGAGUCUAUAAAUUAUGUCUUUGA